CCAUCAAAACGCAAGCCAUUUAUGAUGCGGACAGCCUCAUUAUGUCUUCUCACGAUCGCUGCGGCGGCCGCUGCUAGAACGAAGCCAGCGCUGCACGUGAGGCCAAGCAAGCUCACCUCCUGCAUGCUCUCCCUGCGCGGCGGCGCCGGUGCCAAAGUCCUGAGCCCGAAGCGGUCGCUGCUCGGCAAGAUCAUGGAUUUCAUCGCAUCAUUCUUCGACCCGGCGUUCGGCGGUAACUACGGCGUCGCAUCGGCCGCGGCCCAGGCGUCGGCCGCGGCGCCCGCGGCGGCCCCGGCGAAGAAGGCGUCGCGCAUGAAUAGAGGUAGAGGCGGCCGCACGAUCAGCGUCGACGACCUCAAGCAGAUGGAGGGCGGCCGCGUCAAGCCCAUCAAGACGGCGGCCGAGAUGAAGAGAGCUAUUGCAUCCUCGAAGCUGACCGUCGUGGACUUCUGGGCGUCGUGGUGCGGGCCCUGCAUGCAGAUCAAGCCCAAGUUCGCGAAGAUUUCCGACCGCUACGGCGGCGUCGGCUUCUACGCCGUCGACGUCGACGCCGCGAAGCCCGUGUCGCAGGCGCACGGCGUCUCGUCGAUGCCCACCUUCGUGUUCUUCAAGGGCGGGAAGGAGAUCGAGCGCUUCUCGGGCGCGGACGAGAACAAGCUGAGCCAGCUCAUCGAGCGGCUGAAGUAGUCUCCUAAGUCUAUGUUUCGAGCCUGAGUGUCUGCGGCGAUGGCGAGUGGCCUCAACUAGAAGUUA